CUGUCGCCAAAGUCGCGCAAGUCGUCCGCGCGCGGCCGUGCGCCAUAUUAUUUGCGGUGUUCGCGCACGUCCUUCAUCGUAAGUUUCGCAAGUGCGGUCUCGUGUCCGGCGUGUCCCUGUGGAUAGAGGUAGUGCACUACGAAGGCGACAACAUUCCGCGCAAAGGCAACAUGAAGAAGACCAAGGAUGUGUCGGACGAGGACGAAUAUUCGGCAGACGACCCGGAGGAAGUCGAAGGCGCUUCUGAAGAGGAGUGGACACCCGAGGCCGGAACCGAGGGUGGUACUAAAAUAAGGCCACAGAGAGAAACAGCAAAGAAGCGACAUCAUUCUGAAGAGGAAGAAGAAGAAGAAGAAGAAGAUGGUGAAUCGGAUGAUGAUAUAGACGAAGAGGAUUCCGAUUCUGAUACAGGAAAAAAGCCAAAAAGGAAAAGACGUUCUAAGAAAGAAGAUGAUGAAAAGGAUGAUGAAGAUGAUGAGGAUUCCGAUAACAGUUUCAAUGAAUCAUCGGGAGAAGCUCCAAAGGAUUAUACUUCUGGUGCAUUUGUAAUUGCGAAAAGUGAUGUUGAUGGUAUCAAUGAUCCACCCACCUUAUGGAGGAUAGAUGGAAAAGCUCUUUUACAAAAGUUCUUACCAUUUAAAGAUGAUGGCAAGACAUUGUACAAAAGCACAUCGACAUAUUCUGGAUGGUCAGUUAAUAACAAAGACAAUUAUUUAGUAGCUCAUGUGACCUUUAAAGUGCAAAGUAGAUCAGAGACAAUUGUUGAACUUCAUCUUUUUCAACAAGAAGUAAAGGACGAAAAAGAAGACUAAAAACUAGAUCAAGUUUUGCUCUUAAUUUGUUUAUAUACGUUUUAAGAUAUGCUAAGAGGAAAGGAACACAUCUACAUGUACACAGGGGACUCGAUUCACAGAACAUAUUCACGAUCUACAUGUACACACAGAUCCAGUUAAUGACAUGGUAUUGUAGCAGGUUCAUACUUAAACCAAUAAGAUUGGGCGGAGGACCAUGGCUCUGAGUUUAUUACUGGGGGUAGCUUUAGCUAUAAUUGAUAUCUCUGACAUGUACGUGUGAGCUUCAAUUACCAAUAGAGCUACUCGCAAGCCUGCGUCGUAUUAUCGAUUUUGGGUAAUCAUGAUAAUCGAUAAUUUAUCUAAUAUUUUACGUUAUUGACGGAAAAAAAUUAAUGUUACCUAGUAUAAUGGAUGCAUGUUGAUGUUCAUUUUCUUUUUCUUUUUACGACACGCCACCGUUAGUCUAAUCUUUAUAAUUUAAAUUCUAGUUUAGAGAUGCAACAUUGGCCUUGUGACCUAUGUGGCCAAUUCAAGCACGCCCUUAGCCAGAGAUAAGAACCGUCGCUUCAAAGCCUAUACCGUAGUAGAAACUAUAAAAAGUACUUGACACAUGAGCAAGAGGUUAUAAAAUAAUAAAAUUUAAAAACUUGUUCUCAAGACAAGUUGGAGUGAAGGCGGAAUAUGAUUUCUCAAUGAGAUCUAGAAUAGAAAAAAGAAUAUUUGUUUUUAUGCGCUCAUGCGGCAUAAAAAGAAUAUAGAAUUCUGCAAAUUAUAUAUACUAUGGUUCAUAUCACUGCUGCGGGCGGUGCUGGGCCAGAUUUUGUGUGUACACUUAAUCUUAAGAUGUAACAGAAAAACUAGGGAACCUUCGGUAAUUGACCUGCAUUUAUAUCUUUAUGGUUUGAAACGGUUAUAUAGUAGAGAAUUUUAAAUUUUGAAAUUUUGUGUCGUUGAGAUUUGAGAGAUUUUGUAUCAAUUGAUAUAAUUUAAUCUUGUUAUAUUUAUAUGACGUUACGUUAUCGCAAAUAUCGAUCUCUGUAAAUCGCGAUAUAUUUUUAUGAUUGUAUUUAUAAUUCCAAAUAAGGAAGAGAAGGAAUAUUUCGUGAAUAUUUUUCGGUAUUCUUUAGAGUUCUUUUUUAUACAAAGCGUUAUAAGUGAUAUUUCUAAAAAAUAAAUCUCACGGAUACGAAAAAUGCGAUUAACACAUAUAAAAAAGAAAAUUGUGGCAAAUAUUUAUUGAGUUCUCACAAUUGUACAUUAUACCUUACUUUCUACGAUGCUCUUAUGCUGUUUGUAUAACUACUUUCUAUAUAUAUUACGUAGAUAAUACAUAUCUUAUUUAGACUUGAUCACUUAAUAUUGUGCGAGAAAUCAGGAAAAUAUUAUAGGUAGUAGGUUUCAUUGAUUUAUUAUGUAAAAAAAUGACGAUAUAUAAUGUUCCAAAGUUUUCAAUUUAUAUUGAGUCAUAUUGAUUGAAUAAGUCUUAUAUAUUUGCUAAUCAAUUGUGAUUUCAGGCUACUAUAUGCCGUGAUUAAAUGAAAUGCAGUUUCCUUUAUUAAGUGGCGAUAUGAUCACUUAGGACUCCUGUUUUCUCACCGGAGUUAUCUUUAAUGUAACUUUCACAAUAAUGGCAGCUAC